AUGUCUUCUGAAACUUUUGAAUUCCAAGCUGAAAUCACUCAGUUAAUGAGUUUGAUCAUUAACACUGUCUAUUCCAAUAAAGAAAUUUUCUUGAGAGAAUUGAUUUCCAAUGCUUCUGAUGCCUUAGAUAAGAUUAGAUACCAAGCUUUAUCCAACCCAAAAGAAUUGGAAAGUGAACCAGAAUUAUUCAUCAGAAUCACUCCAAGACCAGAAGAUAAGGUUUUGGAAAUAAGAGAUUCUGGUAUCGGUAUGACCAAAGCCGAUUUAAUUAACAACUUGGGUACUAUUGCCAAGUCUGGUACCAAGGCUUUUAUGGAAGCUUUGACUGCUGGUGCCGAUGUCUCUAUGAUUGGUCAAUUCGGUGUUGGUUUCUACUCCUUAUUCUUGGUUGCUGAUAGAGUUCAAGUCAUCUCCAAAAACAACGAAGAUGAACAAUAUAUUUGGGAAUCCAAUGCUGGUGGUUCUUUCACCGUUACUGAAGAUACUGUUAAUGAAAAGAUUGGUAGAGGUACCAUCUUAAGAUUAUUCUUGAAAGAAGAUCAAUUAGAAUACUUGGAAGAAAAAAGAAUCAAAGAAGUUGUUAAGAGACAUUCCGAAUUUGUUUCCUAUCCAAUUCAAUUAUUAGUCACCAAGGAAGUUGAAAAAGAAGUUCCAGUUACUGAAGAAGAAAAGAAAGAAGAUGACAAAGAAGAAGAUGACAAAGAAGAAGAUGACAAAAAACCUAAAUUAGAAGAAGUUGAUGAAGAAGAAGAAGAAAAGAAGCCAGAAACCAAGAAAAUUAAAGAAGAAGUUAAAGAAUUAGAAGAAUUAAACAAAACCAAACCAUUAUGGACUAGAAACCCAUCUGAAAUUAAGAAAGAAGAAUACAACGCUUUCUACAAAUCAAUCUCCAACGAUUGGGAAGAUCCAUUAUUCGUUAAGCACUUCUCUGUUGAAGGUCAAUUAGAAUUCAGAGCUAUCUUAUUUAUUCCAAGCAGAGCUCCAUUUGACUUAUUCGAAAACAAGAAGAAGAAGCACAACAUUAAAUUAUAUGUCCGUCGUGUGUUUAUUACUGAUGAAGCUGAAGAUUUAAUUCCAGAAUGGUUAAGUUUCGUCAAGGGUGUUGUGGAUUCUGAAGAUUUACCAUUAAACUUAUCAAGAGAAAUGUUACAACAAAAUAAGAUCAUGAAGGUCAUCAGAAAGAAUAUCGUCAAAAAAUUGAUUGAAUCCUUCAAUGAAAUCGCCGAAGAUUCUGAACAAUUCGAUAAAUUCUACAAGGCCUUUGGUAAGAACAUUAAAUUAGGUGUUCACGAAGAUACCCAAAAUAGAAAUGCUUUGGCUAAACUUUUACGUUACAACUCUACUAAGUCCGUUGACGAAUUGACUUCUUUAACUGAUUACGUUACUAGAAUGCCAGAACAUCAAAAGAACAUUUACUUCAUUACUGGUGAAUCCAUGAAAGCUGUCGAAAAAUCUCCAUUCUUGGAUGCCCUAAAGGCCAAAAACUUUGAAGUUUUAUUCUUAGUUGAUCCAAUUGAUGAAUAUGCUUUCACACAAUUAAAGGAAUUUGAAGGUAAAACUUUAGUUGAUAUUACCAAAGAUUUCGAAUUAGAAGAAACUGACGAAGAAAAAGCCGAAAGAGAACAAGAAAUCAAGGAUUACGAACCUUUGACCAAGGCUUUGAAGGAAAUCUUGGGUGAACAAGUUGAAAAAGUUGUUGUUUCUUAUAAAUUAUUAGAAUCACCAGCUGCCAUUAGAACUGGUCAAUUUGGUUGGUCUGCUAAUAUGGAAAGAAUCAUGAAGGCUCAAGCUCUAAAAGAUUCUUCCAUGUCUUCUUACAUGUCAUCCAAGAAGAUUUUCGAAAUCUCUCCAAAAUCUGCCAUUAUUAAGGAGUUGAAAAAGAGAGUUGAAGAAGGUGGUGCUCAAGAUAGAACCGUAAAAGACUUAACUACUUUAUUAUACGAUACCGCCUUAUUAACCUCUGGUUUCUCCUUAGAAGAACCAGCCUCAUUUGCUACAAGAAUCAACAGAUUAAUCUCAUUAGGUUUAAAUAUUGAUGAAGAUGAAGAAGUUGAAGAUAUCCCAGAAGUUUCAUCCGAAGCUCCAGCUGACGCUGCCCCAGCUGACACCGAAAUGGAAGAAGUUGAUUAG